AUGUCACAUGCAGUGGUAGAACUAGCACAGGCACCAGACCUGCCAUCCAUCGGCACCCUCCACGCCCGAGCCUACCACCCAACAAGAGAAUGGCACCGCCGAAUCUUCCCCACCUCCGUCGCGCCCUGGUGGGAAUACAAAUACAGCCUAGACAUCGCAGAUCCCAACAACUACGUUCUCAAAAUCUCAUUCUCCGACACUCCAACUACAGUUCUGGGUCUGCUCUCUCUCCGCAAAUACGCAGCCAACGAAAAAGGAGCCGGACGGUGGACGUCUUGCUUACCACCGCCGGAAGCUGACAGGGAAGCGGUCGACACCAUGGUCAAAGCGAUGAUCGAGCACCGCGAGCGAUACAUGCUUGGGCGUGUACAUCUUUGCAUUGAUCAUUUUGGAGUUGAUGAUGCGUAUCAGGGGCGUGGGAUGGGGAAGACGCUUAUGGCGAAGGCGUGUGAGAUUGCAGAUGCUGAGGGACUGGAUAUUUUUGUUGAGGCUAAUGAGUUUGCGGAGAGCUUUUAUAAGAGUUUCGGGUUUGAGGAGGAGGAUAGACUUGCUCUUCCUCCUGAUGGUGUGACGCAGUGCUUUCUUAUUCGGCGAGCUAGGUGA